AUGGUUAUUAAUGACGUUGAUCUGAUGACAAUAUCAGCCGUCGACGCUUCACGUUACACAAUAAAAGUGGCACGCGUGUUAUUUUCUAAAGAAGAAUUAAUCAAUGGUUGUCUUGCUGACUAUCGUGGCCUGCGGGAUGGAAAAGUAAUUAUUAACGACGAAAAAAUUAAAACAAUCAAAGGUGCUGAAAAACCACAGUGA